AUGGCGAUAUUUCCUGUUCGCCUAUGGAGAUUUUUCCACCGGCCGAAGAAUACAGCAGCCGAAUUCCAAGAGUGGUUCCAGAACAUCACCCAAGACGGUAUAAGGAAUCAGUUCCUUGCUUAUUUUGAGGAGGGAAAUGAAUGUUGGGACCCACUCUGCCCCAAAGCCGACCGCGAGUACUUUGACGAGCGCAUAGCUGGCCUCGUUGCUGCUUCCGAUGAUGAGAUCCCGCUCACCUCGAUUAUUGACAACCUCUCACAAGUCCACCCUUCCAAAGCUGAUGUUAUACAAUCCAUAGCUCCAAUGCUUGAGAGAUUGAUUGUAGCCUACGCUUCCUUUCCAUUCUCGACCCCCGUUACACUUACAAAAGAUGCCUUAUGUCGCGCAAUGAUAUUACUGACGGAACGGGGCGAGUCGUGUUGGAGUCAAGGCAGGUCGAAGGGAAGCAAGCAGCAAAUCCGCCCGCGUCCUGAAAAAAGGCAACUAUCAUUUCUUUACUCGGCGUUGAUGCGUCCACCCACUGGAGCUCCAACUCAGGACGACGUUCUUGAUGUUAUAUGCAAGACUGCGUAUCCUUGCGAUGUAAUAGGAUAUACCAUAAUCAAUGGCGAUAACUGGCUCGAUCGCCACCAUUACGCCGAUUUUGUACCACUGGCUGAGCGACUAGAACCUGUACAAGAUGCGCAACCCCUGGAGCCACUACCUGCCUCACAAAUACAGCUUCUACAAACCUUUGUUUCGGCCUUUACACCUCCAUAUUGUAAAGAGCCGGUGUAUCCUGGGUUUAGAUAUAGCGAGAGUAUAGAUGAGGAGGAGUUCAUUACUUGGGCGACAGAGAUAAGUCUACUUUUCUGUUUACACCAGCUUUUCAAGGUCUAUCUCCCACCUCGGGGCGGGCGCUUCGGAUAG